CAGGCGCGGCGGGCGGCUGGUGGAGCGCGGAGCAGCGGCGCGGGGCGCGCGGGAAUCGUCAUCCAAGGACCUGCCAGAGACCACGAGAAAUCAUGGGAAGGGUUUUCCUCACGGGAGAAAAGGCCAAUUCAGUAUUAAAACGCUACCCAAGAGCUAACAGAUUUCUUGAAGAAAUAAGACAAGGCAACAUUGAACGUGAAUGCAAAGAAGAAAUCUGCACAUUUGAAGAAGCAAGAGAAGCUUUUGAAAAUAAUGAAAAAACUAAGGAGUUUUGGAACACCUACACAAAAGAGCAACCGGGAGAGAACAGCAGAGGAAGUGACUGGUUUCAGUUUUACCUGACCUUUCCGUUAAUCUUUGGCCUCUUCAUCAUCCUCCUUGUCAUUUUCCUAAUCUGGAGAUGCUUCCUGAGAAACAAAACUCGUAGACAGACAGUGACUGAGGGCCACAUUCCUUUUCCUCAGCACCUAAAUAUCAUCACUCCUCCUUCCCAACCAGACGAAAUAUAUGAUAGCAGUGGGCUGUCUCCAGGUUUUCUGGAAUAUGUCGUUGGUCGCUCAGAUUCCGUCUCCACCCGCCUGUCCAACUGCGACCCCCCACCAACCUAUGAGGAGGCCACUGGCCAGGUGACCCUUCGUAGGAGUGAGACGGAACCUCAUUUAGACCCACCCCCGGAGUAUGAGGACAUUGUCAACUCCAACUCAGCCAGUGCUAUUGCAAUGGUGCCUGUGGUCACUGCCAUCAAGUGAAGCCGCAAACUUCUUUUUACUCUAACCAUUUUUAAAAUACUAAUGAAAGAACUUUCUAGCACUUUACCACUACAUAAAUUUGCAUUGACUUAUUUUAUUAGACUACUACAGCAUACCACUUCACACUUUCUGAUUUGAUUUUCUUUAGUUUUGUUCCCUAUUAUAAAGUCAUUAUCUGUGCUCAUUUUUGCUAGCAGAAAUACGUGAAGAAAAAACAUACUAGUGGAGGUCUUCAUGUGAUACGAUGACACUCGUAUGGAUAUAUGUGUGUGUAUGUAUAUAUAUGUAUGUACAUGCGUAUAUACAUGUGUGUAUCGACACAGUAUAUGUGCAAGUGUCCUAAAGAACCAUUAACUUAUAUUUCAAUCACCUGUAUAGAGAACAUUACUCACCGAAAUUGGGGGAAAGGGCACCAACAAUUUGUGUAAUAGAUAGCCAGUAACAUGCUGUUGAAUUUUGCAAAUAAGAUAUAGUUAGCAUGCUUUCUAACUUUUACUGGCUUUUGUUAACCGCCUAUUUCUUCAUCUACCUUAAAAGAAAAAAAAUGCAUGUAGUAAAUCUUGAUUUUAGAAACAUCUCAGAGAGAGAAAGUGCGAGCAAUAAAUGAUAACUUAGGGUAUGUAGCAAGAACAUCAUUGGUCAUUAGUGGCAUUUUGCAAGUUUUAUAGUUAACCACCCCCUCCCCCCAAAAAAAUGAACAGUGUUUGAUUAGCAUCUCUUAAUGUCUCAUGCCAUUUAUGGUAACAUCUUGGUGGAGAGGAUUCUUUGACAAGGAAAUAAUUUCUAAAGUGAACCCCUGUGACACAGUGGUUAAACGCUCAGCUGCUAUCUGAAAGGUUUGUGACUCAAACGCACCAGUAGCUUUGUGGAAGAAAGGCCUGGUGACCUGCUUCUGUAAAGAUUACAGCCUAGGAAACUCUAUGGGGCAGUUCUACUCUGUCGCGUGGGAUUGCUUUGAAUUGAAAACCAAUUUAACAGUACCCAAAAACAUGUAUGUAUGUAUGCAUAUAUAUGUAUGUAUAUGAGACAGGGAAUAGAUACUGAUUACUCCUUUACUCAUAUGUGGCAAUAAUUAUUUUCUUUGCACUGUUUCAUUGUCUUUUCACUUUAUUGUCUGCCCUUUCUCCUACCACCACAGACUCUCCAGCCACCGAAGAGUUUAGUUAAAAUGAAAUAUUUGAGAUUAUUUUAUUGAUGUUUUUGUACAGGCUGAAGUCUUUGCCUCAAGAUUAGUAGGAGGCAACUUUCCAUUAAAUUAAGAACAGUGAUUUUUAUAUUGCCCUCCAAUUGGUGGAACAAGAUUGCAAUGUCUGUGUUGUGCCAGGUGCAUGCUAAACCUAAUUAUAGCGCCACCUGGAUCUCAUGAUUGCCUGUAUUUCCUUUUGUAUCGUCAUCAGCUUUUCUUUUUUUUUGAACUGCAAGAUUUUUACUCUUGGAAUGGAGGGAACAGGUUGUGAUUGAACUGCGUAUAUAAAAUGACUCAGAAAGAAGAAAUUAAGACAGUUGUUUCAUAUGAGUUUCCAUUAUGUAUGCACUGAUGGAAAAUAUAUUAGAUCCAUUCAGGGAAAUGUCUGUGCCAAUCCCAAGCCUCCCUAGUGUUGGAGAAAAUGGUCUGUGAGGCAAAAGGAAUACCAGUUGUGGCUGUUUUAUUCUAUGCUAUCUCCAUUUUCCUCACCAGCCCAUUUCUGCUGCUUCCUGGAGCCAAAGGAAGAAGGAAGAAUGUUGAGGGGAAUCCUGGACUCGGAGUCAGAUGACCUAAAUUCUAAUUCUGCUCUGCCGUAUACUUGCCAUGUUACCUUGGGCAAUACCCAUAUCUCUGAGCCUCAAAUUUCUCACCUCUAAAAUGGGGAUGAUAUCAUCUCUCCUGCCCUUCUCCAGGGGCUUACAAGGGUCAAAUGAGAUGGUGUGUGUGAAAGCACUUGGUAAAAUGUGAAGCCUAUCUGCAUGUAAGGUGGUAGGAGUUAUUACUCUAGUGCUUCAGGGAGAAUUUUUCCUCUCUGUUUCCAUAAGAUUUAUCAAUCUUUCAUAUAUUCAGAAAUAGAGCUCCAUAAAAGGCUACCAUGUUCUUAAUCUGAAUGUGUGGGCUAUUAGUUGAAUCCAUGCCCUUCUCUAGUCUAUACCAAUGCUGUGCCAACCUAUAGAAGACAGCCAGCUCAGCCCAAACAGGACUAAGAAAAUAUUGGAAAGGGAACUAAGGCAUGUAUGUUGAACUGAUGGGUUCUGUAGCUUUUAUGAUCUACAAAUGAAUAUAUCUGGACUCUGGUCUUAGCAGAAAUGGCAAUAUGGUUUUGGAACUGGCCAUGAGUACACGGCCAUCUUUAGCUUCUUAGUUAAAGCUGAAUGUGGGAUUUUUUAAUCCAGUGAUUUGUGUGUGUCCAUGUGGAUUUUGGGUUCAUUUUUAAAUGAAAAUCAAGACUGCUUUUGUAUGGACUUUUUCGUUAUUGUUAAAGUCAGGCCUUAGAUUAGACCAGCAGUUUUCAAAGUGGGGCCCACAGAAACUAUUUUGAUAACAAUACGAAGGCAUUUGACUUUUUCAUUCUCCUUUUCUCCAAAAAAAAAGAAGUUAUAAAAAUGUAAAACAAUGCCACUCUUCCCACAAAUCUUUUUUUUUUUUAAAGAAAAUAUAGCUAUUUUUCAUAACAAUGUUAUUUAUGUUAGCAUGUAAUGGAUUUAUUUUUAAGUAAGUUAGAAUUUUUUUUAAUUCCUCGAUUUUAUUUUCUAACACGGUAAGUAUUGAUAGAUACAAUUCACAUAAACAAAAGCUCUUUGGAGUCUGAAUCCCCAGUAAAUUUUAAGAGGAUAAAGGGGUCCAGAGACCAAAAAGUUUGAGAACUUAGACAAAGGAGCAGGAUGUUGUAUUACUAAAUACCUAUUCUUGUCACUUUUACAUUUUAAGCUCCUGACGUUGGCUUUAAUGUUGCCUCUUAGAGAUAUCUGAAUUGCAGUGUAAGAAUGAAUGUUGAUCCUGGAAACAAAUGCCAAAGCUUAAACUGAUCAAUGACUACAACUAUUUAGACUUUCAUCAAAGAAAAUACUCUAGCCCAUAGCGAUAACUGACAUCAGCCACAGAUCUUAUGGUGGCUUGCAUGUGAUAGUGACAGGCUAAACACAGUGCUACUUUCUUACAGGAAACAUUCAUUCUGGUUUGUUUUUGUUUGAUUUUGCUUUGAGUUGUAAAAUUAAAAAAAAAAAAACUUUAGCUACCCCAUCUGGUUUUAUAAAUGCAGUUUCUUAAACAUUUGUUAUAACUAAGGGGCUUGUCUGGAACAGUAUAUAUUUUGUAUGCUUUUGUCUUUCUUACCUAAUUAAUAUUACACUCACCUUUGAUCGUUUUUAAUAAAGGUUUAUUUUUGCAGAAUAUAUUUAGUACCUUUCUUAAGUGGUCACUAAAUAGAAUCAACUGGUUUGCAUUUAAAUGAAAGAAUAGCCUCUAUGGUUUUCCAGCUGAAUGGUUUACAGGCCUCCACAUGCAGAGGCUGUGUCUGGAAUUUUAGAAUGGGCACUUUCUGCCUGCCUUCUCUGAAUGUCAUGAUGAGUUAUAUCUGUUCAAAUACAAUGAUUUUUUUUCUAUUGACCAAUGCAAAUAGAGGUGCUGUAUUUGUUUCAUUGUUAAUGAUGACUUCAAGAUUGAUGAUCUGAUAACUGUGGAGAUAGCUUUAACUUGGUCCUGUGUAAAUAGCAUGUAUUUUGUUAUAAUAUUUCACAUUUUUAAACACUUGGUUUACAUUAAAUUAUGGUAUUUAACUAUUUUUAUGUUUAUAAUAGAUAAGGUUUUUCUUACGUUUCUGUGUUUUUGGUAUGCUAAAUAAAGCUAUU